AAUGAACUGACUUGGAAACAAACCAGUACCUACGUAAUGAAGAUAAUGUCUCAGAUAUUCCUUUUAAUAAUAUCAUCCUCUCUAAUCCUAACGAGUGCAAACACAAAAUGCUCCAGCGAGACCACUCCCGUCGUCCCCAAAUAUUACAAAAUGGAAAAAUGCCAAAGGUCCAAACUUGGCAUUGCUGCUAAGGCCAACUACACCACUUUGACCAGCUGCCAGCGCCUUGGCAUCGAGAAGAAGGCGUUGGCAUUAAACUUCGUGCCCCCGGAAGUGCUGAGAAAGACAGGGAAGAAGAGGGAUAAUGAAACUGAACCUUUAGAGUAUACGUGUGAGGUCCUGAAGUGUGCUGAGGUAGAUGGAGGGUUAUCUUUGGUCAAUGACUCGAGAUAUGACUAUUAUAGCAUCUACGCUAAACCCGUUCUGCACAUAAACUCCACAUGCAUCCCAGCCACCGGCAUGUUCUACCUGACGCCCACCAAACUCAACUACACGGAGGGGCGCACCGCCUGCCGAAACAUGAGCGGGGUGCUAGCCGACACGGCCAGCGAGCAACGGACGGAUGCUCUCGCGCAGAUGUUGGCCGGCGCGGGAGUGGAUGCUGCGCUUGUUGCGCUGCGGAGAAGCAAUGCUAGCAACAGCGUAUUUAUAGGAGCCAAUGGAGACUCGCUAGACUGCACGACCUACCGAGCCUGGGCGCCCGGGCACCCGCGGCGCCAACACGACAGGUUCAACUGCGUCGUAGUCACGCGCCAGAAGACCUGGAGGUCCACAUCCUGCAAGAAGAAGUACCAGGCGCUCUGUGAACUCAACCCUGGGGGACCUUAUAAGCGAGGCUCCAUAUUUGCCUCGCUAGCACCUCCUAACAGUGAGUAUCUUUAA